GAGGGUGGCUGUGGCCGCGAAGGAGGUGCCGCCUCAGCCGCUCAGUGUGGUCGGUCCCCGGGGCCCAGCAGUGCCGGUGUCUCUCGCAGUGGAUCUCAGAGAACAGCUUCUGGUCAUUGAAGGUGAAUGAGCAAAGUUUCUGGCACUUGUGUGACAAACAAAUCCUAACAAGGUGUUUCCAAGCCUGGAGGAGAUAUAUCCUUUGGAAGAGGGCAGCCACGCAGCUUUACAGACACCAGCUGCUUCAGAAGGGCUUUGGUGCUCUGCAGUGGCUUGUGCACCAAAGGAGGACACAACUGGAGGUGGCCCAGCAGAGACAUGCUUCAACUCUGCUAGCUGCCAGCUUCCAGAGGUGGAAGGAAGCUAUGGCAAAACAGAGCCAGAAGAAAGCUCUGCAGCCUGAGCCUUACUCCUAUAUCCAAAGUUCAUCAGCUGGGAUUUUUGGAGUAGGAAGAUUAGCCACUAUGACAACCUCAGCUCAGCAUCAGCUUGGAACAGGUUACUCAAAGGAAGUGGAGCAGGCUCAUAGGAUGGAGGGAGAGCUGUGGACACAGCUACGUCAUAGGCAGAGAGGAGAUGAGUUCUGCUGGGGAGUUGAAGCAAUCAGAGACAUGAGGCGGCUGGCUGCAGCUUUCAGACUGUGGCGCCUGCAGAAGGAGCUGCUGAGCAAAGAGGAAGCCAGGCUUUUGGAAGCCCGUGCUCUGCUGGAAAAGAAGAAGCUGCGAAACAUUUUCUGCAUGUGGCAUUCUCAAAGCUUGGAAAUGAAAGAGAUUCUAAGACUGACAACUCAAAUCCAAAGAAACUUGAUUUCCCGGUGCUUCAGUACGUGGAAGGAGACUGUUGAGCAGAAGGCACUUGACAGGUGCAACCUGGCCCAUCUCAGAGCAGUAUCACUGAGGAAGCACUUCCAGCAGUGGGUUGAGAUGCUGCAGGUCAGAGGAGGUGACAAGCAGGCCGUGGUGAACCUCUUCCUCCUACGAUGGAGGCAGCAUUAUGGAGCAGUUGUGAGCUCAGUAGCUGACAAGACUGUGACAAAGAGGCAUGAAGGUCAGACAUCAUGGACUGGAGAGAGACAGCUUCUGGAGAAAACAGUCUAUUCUUUUGAUGAUUUCUGCCAAAAGCUGAAGCUGCAGAGAGUAUAUCUGCUGUGGAAGACAAGGCUGUGUGAGCAUCACAAGGCUAAUUCUUUCUCUCAGAUUUUGGAGCAGAGCAAACUCAGAAAAACUCUGAAAUUAUGGCACCAAAAGUAUCUCAUGCUGAAGACAAUUGAACAAAGUUCUAAGCACUUGCAUAGAGCUGUCCAUGAGGAACCUUUUGCCAUGCUGUUUUCUGAGGACCUCUCAACAUCAUCUGGCUUUGACAGCAGUGCACCAGCUACUCUGACCUCUCAAAGCUCAUUGGAAAAGGAAUGCAGUCUUAGUGACAGCAGCCAGCAUGGCUUCUCCUCCCCUCUGACUGCUGAGGAUGUCACACAUAUGUCAUGUCACAGUUCUUUCCUUCAGCUCCACCAGUGCACAGAGCUGCCAGCUGAGCUGUGCUUGCAGAGCUCCUUCCCUGGAUCUGGAAGAAAUUGGUUUGUGGGAAAUCAGUUCCACUCUUCAGUGCUACAGAGUCCAGAUAAUAAUUCCCAGCCUCUCACCAGUUACUCUGCAUGGGAAGAGGGCUGCAGUUCUGACAAGGAGGUGAAGAGUUGCAGGCAGGAAGCAGAGCAAUGCUGCCUGCAGAGGUGCUUCAUUGUCUGGUCAGCUCAAACUCGACACCAUGUGAAGGCCCAGCAGCACUGCAGGCGUGUUCGGCUGUCUCGAGCCUUUCUCAGCUGGCAUCACUGGGUCAUGGAAAAUAAGAACCAAAAAGCAGCAGCAGCCCUAAAACAUGGAGUUCAUUGUGUCCAGAUGGCUUUCAGCCUGUGGAAAAGGAGGCUGGCCCAGAAAGUGGAAGUUGACCGGAGAUUCAGAUGUCAUGUUCACCAGAUGACUGCUGAUGCUCUGUGGCACUGGCAUUCCUGCUGGCAAAGGAAGCGUGCUCUGGGAGAACUGCAGCAGCAAUGGGCCUGGCACAGCUGCCAAGAGAAGAAGAGGCUGGUCCUGCAGACAUGGUAUCACCAAACAAGGAAGCAGAAAUAUGCUGUGUUAUUCUGGGAACGUUUUCUCCUGCACAGGUGCCUUGUCACUUGGGCCCAGGUCACUGCAUGUAAACUAAGGCAGCAUGAAGCCCUCUCCUCUUUUAAAAGAGUCAGAGAGCACCGUCUCCUGGUUGGGAGCUUCAUUAAGUGGAGGGACAAACUCUGGAGAGCUGAACAAGUGCCAGGAGGGAGAAACCACAAGUGGCAGGAGCCCUCUCCAGGCAGAGCCUGUCACCGCUGGCGAGUGGCUGCAAGAGGACAGCAAGCCCUGCGCCUGGGAUCUGUGGCUACUGUCAAACAAGCCUGCAACUACUGGACCAGAGCAGCUGCCUUUUCCCAGUGCUUACGGCAGCGCAGUACCCUCAUAGGUGUCAGGAAAAGCAGAAAGAUGUCCCUCUCUUGGCCCACGAAAAGCAGAAGAGGCAGAGAAGAAGAUUCAGCACCAACUGGACAUUUUCCCAGUGCCAUUCAGCGCUGGCUGGUGAUCUACAGGAGCCAAAACAGGGCAGAGAGGUUGCUGGAGGGACCUGAUGUGGUAGGACCUUCUCAUGCAUAUGCGAAGAUCCAGGAGAAUGCAGCAGAGGUGGACUUGGAGGAGUGGGCUAAGUCACUUGGUUUAUUUGCUGCUUUUGCCUGCAGGAGGAGAUAUCUGAAGAGGUGGCAUCACACAGUGGUACUGCGCCGGUGCCAGCAUGAUAGGAAACUGCUCUGUCUGGCAAGGGGAUGGCAUCAGUGGAGGGAAGCCAGCAGGGUGGUGAUACUGGCUCAGGUGCUGGACCAGCAGCGGCUGAUAGAAAAGGCCUGGAGGGUGUGGAGACAAAGAUAUUUGCAAAGCUGUGUGGUGCAGAAUCUUUUGAAGGAGGAAGCCAGGAGCCUCCUGUCUCAGGCCUUUGGGAGGUGGUGGCAGCUCACAGCAUUCCAGUGUAAGGACAAAGGAUCCUGCUGAAUGGAGGGGCCUGCCUGCAGCUGCUGCUCAAUUCAGGGCACGUGGAGGAUACAGCUCCUGUCACAACAAGGAGGUGGUCCUGUGCUGUCAAAAAAGAACUCUCUGCUCUUACAAUAAAAGCAGUGCUGCCAGUCAGAAGGAUGACAGCCAAAGAACAACCAGGAAGAGAUUGUACCUAGCUAAAGGUCCUCUUUAAAGGACUUGUAUCUUACAACACAAACAGAGCAAUACAAACAGAGAAGUUACUUACAGUUGUAAGGUUGCAUUCUCUUCUUCUCUGGACCAUGCUUUUGCUGGAGUUCUGAUUAACGGGCAAAAAAGCCUUACAGGC